AUGAGAAACCUUGCCCAUGACAGCUUGUUCACCGCGCAUCCUAACGAAGAAAAUUGGGGAAUUGCUCACCGAAUUAUUGCACCUGCUUUCGGUCCAGUCCCUAUCCAGGAUAUGUUCCAUGGGAUCUACGAUAUUGCAUCGCAGCUCAUCCUAAAAUGGGCGCGUCAGGGUCCGUCAAAACCUAUCAAUGUACAAGAGGACUGCACCCGGUUUACGCUCGAUGCUGUUACUUUGUGUGCCAUGGGCGCACGGUUGAAUUCCCUCUAUUCAGAGGAAAAGCCUCCGUUCGCGCAGGCAAUGGACGGGUUUAUGAGGGAGUCUAACUACCGGGCCCAGCGACCAGCUUUUGCCACUCGUCUCCUAUGGUGGCACCAGCAGCAAUAUGACCGUGACAUUGGCUUUGUUCGGAAGUUUGCAAAGGAUCUUAUCGACGCUCGACGAAAUAAUCCGACUGAAACCCACGACAUAUUGAAUGCGAUGAUCAAGGGUUGCGAUCCCAAGACCGGGCGGCAGAUGUCUGAGGACAGUCUCAUUGACAAUAUGGUCACAUUUCUUAUAGCAGGUCAUGAAACAACGUCUGGUGGAAUUGCAUUUCUUCUCUACCAUCUUGUCAAAUGUCCAGGCGUCUGGAAGAAGAUCCAGGAGGAAGUAAGUGCUGUCACCGGCAGUAGCCGAAUUACUUCAAAACACCUGGCAAAAUUCCGCUAUAUAACGGCAUGCGUUCGGGAAUCGCUCCGGUUGUGGCCGACUAUUCCUGUAAUCGCUUUUAAGCCGAAGGAUAAAGAAAAUCCCACACUAAUCGGCAAAGGCGAACGUCUGGGGGAAGAUGCAGAUGAAUUCAGGCCAGAGAGAAUGCUAGACGAGAACCUGAGUGCUCUUCCGAAGAAUGCCUGGAAGGCCUUCGGAAAUGGCGCUCGUGGCUGCAUCGGCCGACCAUUUGCUAUGACUGAGAUGGUUUUGAUCGCCGCGCUGCUCGCACAGAACUUCGACGUGGAUCAGGAUGAUCCCGAAUAUGAACUCGAUAUUGACCAGAUUGUGACUCUCAGGCUAAGGGACUUCUUUCUCCACGUGAAACUAAAGCCUGGUAUCGACUCUGUGCAACUCGCGAAUCGGUUGUUCAAUGAUCAGGAGACCAAAAAGAGGCCUGACGGAGAACCAACAAUGGCCCCAGCUGUGAGGGAUAGCUUAAAGCCUAUCACCGUUCUAUAUGGUUCCAAUACUGGCACAUGCGAGUCUUUGGCUCCAUUGGAAAGGCUACCAACCGACCGGCCGGUCAUUAUCCUAACAGCCAGUUAUGAGGGAAAACCAGCAGCCAACGCGGCGAAGUUCAUUUUCUGGCUGGAAGCUAUCAAGAAGCCCAUUUUGUCCGGAGUCUCGUUUGCAGUCUUUGGUUGUGGGAAUCGCGACUGGGCGGCGACAUUCCACCGCAUCCCUAAACUCAUCGACAGACUCCUGAGUGAGGCAGGGGCCACCCGCUUGCUUGAGUUAGGACUAGUUGAUUUGUCCUCGAUGGUUGUGCAAGAGACGUUUGAAGACUGGUCCAAUAACCAACUAUGGCCCGCAUUACGGACCAAAUACACAAUUUCAGAGCACCAACCUUUGCCCAACGAGUUAAGAGUUGAGUUCGCCAACCAUCUGAGAGAAACAUUCAAGGAGCAGGAGUUUAUUGAAGCGUCCGUGCUUGAAAGCAAAUUGCUGACAGUACCUGGGGUAAAAGCAAAAAGGCACCUAGAGCUUACGCUCCCACCCGAUGCUGAAUACACAGUCGGUGGUUACCUGCAUAUUCUCCCAGUAAACCCCGAAGUCACUGUGCAGAGGACGAUGAGAUAUUUUCGUCUUGCAGAAGGCACGUACAUGAAAGUUACUGGCGGCCUAUCAACAGUAUUACCAACUGGUACGCAAAUAUCCGUGGAGGAGAUUUUAAGCAGAUAUGUUGAACUCUGUCAGCCUGCAACACGAAAGAACCUGGAGUGCAUCGCACUAUCGAUCCCUGAUUUAACUGAGCGAGAAAGGUUACGCCACCAGGCCGCCUCAACGGCCACACUUCAGGAUAGGAGAAUCAGCGUCUUAGACCUUCUGGAGCGCAUUGCCUCAUCCACGAUAUCUUUCGCAGACUUCAUCUCUAUGCUGCAGCCUCUUCGAACCCGGCCGUACUCCAUCUCAUCCUCUCCAUUGAAGUGCGCAAGAUCAUGCUCCCUAAGCGUGUCCAUUGUAGACAAUCCCGAAGGAACAGCAGCGGAAACGCCAGUCCUCGGCGUCUCAACACACUACAUCAGCGGCCUGAAACCGGGCCAACGAAUCCUUUGCUCAAUCCGGCCAUCCAACCACGGUUUUGAUUUUCCUGAUAACCCAGAAACAACGCCAAUGGUGAUGGUCUGCGUUGGAUCCGGAAUUGCGCCGUUCCGUGCUUUUCUCCAGGAACGAGGCUGUCGCGCCAAACAAGGACAGAAGCUUGCACCUGCUUUUCUUUUCUUUGGGUUUGCAUUGAGGAACUCGGUUCUUGCGGUGGUGAGAAGGAUCUAUAUGGCCACAGCUGAGAGUGAGGAGGGCAAGGGCGAGGACAAGUAUGAGGAGUGGCUGGCAAGGAUGAAUAGGGGAAGGUUUGCAGUAGAUACAUUUGCUUAA